AUGGUAAUUAGAAGAGUGGAUGAGAACUGGGCAGAGGGCAUGCUGGGAGACAAGAUCGGCAUCUUCCCAAUUCUCUACGUGGAGCUCAAUGAAACGGCCAAGCAGCUCAUGGAAAUCGACAAACCCGCCACGACGAGCGCCCCUGGUCCCAGCUCUGAACCUUCAACCCUGGGCUCCUGUUCGUCUGGCCCCUCCCCCUGCGCCUCACCGUCCAAUGGGAACGGCUCCGGCCCACGGCGAGGGGAGGGCAAAAAAAACGCCAAGAAGAGACAUUCGUUUACAGCCCUGUCCGUCACUCAGAGAGCAGCACAACUCAACAACCGGCACAGUAUGGAGAUCUCCAACCCAGUGCUCAUCAGCUCCUCGGACCCGAGAGCAGCCGCACGCAUUCAGGAUGCGUCCCCCCCAGGACCCUCUCCCUCUUCGGCAGGGGUGAUGGUGCCCCCCAAAGUGGCGUCCAUUACCUCUGAGCUGCUGGCCCACGCCAAAGUGCAGCUUCCCCUCAAUAUAUACUUGGCCCUCUACGCCUACAAACCCCAGAAGGCUGAUGAGCUGGAGCUGAGGAAAGGUGAAAUGUAUCGCGUCACAGAGAAGUGUCAAGACGGAUGGUUCAAAGGCACCUCGCUCCGAACCGCAGGAUCUGGAGUGUUUCCUGGGAACUAUGUGACGCCAGUGUCCAGGGCCCCGUUUGGAGUGGGUUCGUCUCGUAGCUGUCUGUCCAGUCCAGUGGGGGGCAGCAGCAGCAGUAAAGUGCCCGACCCGUCGUCUCCGGGUCCUUCCUCGUCCCGACCGUCCACACCUCUCAUAAACUCUGUCAACCACAGUCCUGCCUCAUCGCCUCAAAGUGCAGCCGCCCAACUCAAGAACUGCCUCCGCUCCGGCCAGCACACGGUUAACCAGCGCACCUCCAUGCAGCUGGCUCUUUGGGAUUUCUUUCUGGACUGGACCAGAGCAGUGCACAGUCCUCCAGCGGGAAGUCCUGAGCGUCCCUCCGUCACCGUGUCGCCGCUGCGUCCUCAGAGCUGCUCUCCGUCUCGUCAGUCCAGUCGCCCUCUCUCCAUGGUGUCUCCGGGUCCCAGUCUGGGCCCUUCUCCACUAUCGUCUCCGGCCUCCAGACCUCUACUCACCCUGUCCUCCCCCCUCUCCUGCCUCACCCCUCCAAACGUCUCAGCCUCCCUCCUCCACAGUGAGCCGGGCAGCCCAGUGCAGCCGCCCUCACCCGGACCCUCACAUGUGACCGUGCAGGGCGGACUCGCUCCCAAAGUGGAGAAGAAAGAGAGAAAAGCCGGCGGUUUGUUGAAGCUUUUGUCCGGAGCAGCGGCAAAGAAGAAACCUCGCUCCCCUCCGUCAUCGCCACCGACCCACGCCCCCUCGCUGGGAGCCGUGGCAACAGACCCCUCCCACCCACGCCCUCACCACUACCACCCGCGCUCAGGCUCCUGCCCCAUGGCCUCACAGGGCAGGGCAGGCUCUUGUCCCAUCGAAAGUGACAUCGGGGCCAUCGGUAUGGAGCUGCUGCACAGGAAGUCCGGGUCCCUGGAUACCAACUUCCCCAUGUCGCCCCCGGCAACGCGCACUGGCAACAUCCUCAUGGUGUUACGGCCGGAGCCCAAACCCCUGUCCAGAGAGAGAUACCGCGUGGUCGUGCCGUACCCUCCCCAGAGCGACGCGGAGAUCGAGCUGCGGGAGGGGGACGUGGUGUUUGUGCAUAAGAAGCGUGAGGACGGCUGGUACAAAGGCACUCUGCAGAGGAACGGCCAGACCGGCCUGUUUCCGGGCAGCUUUGUGGAGAGUUUCUGA